AUGGCCAUUUGUUUCGAGAACAAUGAUUAUGUCCUUGAAAAAGAACUAAAUGAAAUCGACAAAAAGAAUGCAAUUCCUAAAGAAUUAGCCUCCUACAAGAAACAUUAUGAUGAUGCAACAAAAGUUGUUUGCAUCAUGGUCGCUGCUAUGACCCCUAGGUCAUUCACUAUGAACACAGACAUUCGACUAGCAGAUGACACUACUGAAAUACAUAUGGUUGAAGAAAUUGAUGCAAAUAGUUAUUUUGAAUCAACCUUAGAGUGUGAGAAAAUAAUUGAUGUCAAUGUAAAUCUUGGUCAUGAUGGAGAUGAAAGUAUCAUGGGAAAGGUUUUUAAUACACCUCAUGAUGCCUAUACGUUUUAUAAUCAAUAUGCUUUUUUACAUGGAUUUGGUAUACGAAUUCAUUGGGACUAUAAAAAUAAGACGACAAAUGAGGCUUACCGUAAGAUGUACGUUUGCAAUAAAGAAGGGUUUAAAAGAUCGAAGACUAAUAGUUCAUGUGUGGGUGCAAAGAAACGACGUAGAGAUUUGAGGACCGGAUGUCAAGCAAUGCUUCGAAUUUCAAAAGGAAAAGAUGGGUUAUGGUUUGUGGACAUGUUUAACGAUACCCACAAUCAUGAGUUGAGCACUACACCUACAAAAGUAAUGAAGCAUCGUUCUCUUGGGAAGUUACAUCAUUCAUUGGCAUGUAAAUCUCUUAUGAUAGAACUUGGUCAAUCGGGGUUAAAGCCUUCUCAAAUUAAAAAAGUUGUUAAUGCAAUGAAAACGCCACAGGACAUUGAUGUUACUUCAAAGCAAUGUGUGGAUGUCUUAUCUGAGCAACGAAGACAAUACAAAGGUAAGGAGUUUUAUGGGCUUAUCAAACAUUUUCAAGAUAAAGCAUUAGUAGAUGUUAACCAGUAUUUUGUUGUGGAUUUAUUUGAGGAUGGGUCACCUCGAAAUAUUUUUUGGGCCGAUGGAAGAUCAAGGGAUGCGUAUACUAAAUUCAGAGAUGUUGUUGUGUUUGAUGUUACAUACAUGACGAACAAACUUAAGAUGCCAUUUUCUCCAUUUGUUGGGGUGAACCAUCAUGGUCAAACCAUACUGUUUGGUGGUGCAUUGCUAGAAAAUGAAAAAGAAGAAACUUUCCGAUGGUUAUUUGAGCAUCUUUUAAAGUGCAUGUUCAACAAGCACCCAUCUGCAAUGAUAACCGAUCAAGAUAAGGCUAUAGGUAAUGCAAUAAAAAAAGUGUUUCCAAACACUCGACAUCGCUACUGUGCAUGCCAUAUUAAGAAGCAUGGGCUUGAACAUCUUCGACCGCUGGUAGCCCAUUAUAGUGAUUUUAAGGAGUCUUAUACACGAUGGGUAAAAAGUGAUACAAUUGAAGAAUUUGAAAAAGAUUGGGAAGUUAUGUGUAGUAAAUAUCACCUUGAAAAUUAUUGUUGGAUCACCGAUAUGUAUAACCAACGAAAACAUUGGGUUAAAGCCUACUUGAAGGAUGUUUUUUUUGCUGACAUGACAACUAGUGGACGAAGUGAGAGCAUUCAUUCCUUUUUUGAUGGAUUUGUUAAUUCCAAGACUAUGUUGAACGAGUUUGUAGUUCAAUAUGAUAAAGCAAUUGAAUCUCGAAGAUCCGUUGAAGAAGAUGAAGACUUUAAGACAAUGAACUCGAAGCCAAUUCUAUCUUCUAUUCAUCCAAUUGAAGCAAAAGCAGAAGAUAGAAUUGACUUCGAGUUCAUUGUCUUAAAGUCUUCAUCUUCUUCAACGGAUCUUCGAGAUUCAAUUGCUUUAUCAUAUUGA